UCGCUCUAAACUCUGAUCUGAACCUGGAGACUCGCUCUAAACUCUGAUCUGAACCUGGAGACUCGCUCUAAACUCUGAUCUGAACCUGGAGACUCGCUCUAAACUCUGAUCUGAACCUGGAGACUCGCUCGAAACUCUAAAUGUUCGUGAAGCUAACAUCAGACUAUGGAGCAUCUUCCUGUCUGUCUCGGUGUUUUGUCUUAAUAUAUAGUUUUCACUUCAGGAUCGUGUUUUAAAAAGUUGUUCUUCUUGUUGUCAUGGAGACAAACGUGAUGUUUUAACAAAUUCAAGAGUUUCCACCUGGAAACGUCGUCAUGAAAACAGGCUUUUAUGUUCAGUGUUGGACUUCAGUCUGAGGGUUUUGAUCUGGGACUCAGAGCGUCGUGGUUGAGUGGGUUCUCCAGUGGGUUCUCCAGUGGGUUCUCCAGCGGGUUCUCCAGUGGGUUCUCCAGCGGGUUCUCCAGCGGGUUCUCCAGCGGGUUCUCCAGUGGGUUCUCCAGCGGGUUCUCCAGCCUCAGACUGAGCCCAUGUGCUUCAGGUCAGGUUCCUCUCAGGUGUUUCCGCUGGCGGCCGCCGGGUCGGAGGCUGAUGUGUGUGGAGUGACUCAGACGAACGCAGAGCAGUAACCCGGCGCGAGCCGCUGAGUCACGGUUCCUCGGUACGACGGUUCUGCAGCGGGUUCUGUGGAAGUGUCAGGCAGAAAGCCCCGGCGGAGGAACAGCCCAUAGGAUGAUGGCCGCCGUCCAGCUCCUCCUGCUGAUGGUCGGCUGCAUGGCGGCGUCUGCCCGGCGUCCCCGAGACGUCCCGCCCUGCCAGGUGGUCCAGUCCCAGGUCUUCUGCAGUGACCUCAGUCUGAGCGCCGUCCCGGUGCCCCUCCCCCACGGCGUCCAGCUGCUGGACCUGUCCAGGAACCGGGUGCAGAACCUGACCCGGGAGACCCUGGCCUUCCACACCGGCCUCCAGCACCUGGACCUCCACUCCAACAGGAUCCGCUUCAUCCAGCCGGGCCUCUUCGGAACCAUGAGCCAGCUCCGGGUCCUGGACCUGUCCCGGAACCGGCUCAGCGUCUUCGCCCAGUCGGGGCAGAGCGUGGGCGCGCUGGCGUCCGUCCAGUCGCUGGACCUGUCUCACAACGGACUCUUCACCGGGAUGUCGGACUCCUUCCUGGCCGACUCGCCGGCCCUGCAGAACCUGUCCCUGGAGGGGAACAGCAUCACCAGGAUCUCCCGGACCACGUUCUCCGGCUCGCUGGCCCUGAGGAGGAUCAGCCUCCGGGACAACGUGGUCCUGGAGAUCGAGGACGGAGCGUUCGACUCGCUGGACCAGCUGACCGACCUGGACCUGUCCCGGAACUCCAUCUCCUGCAUCACGGACUUCAACCUGUACAGCCUGGAGAGGCUCAACCUGAGCCGGAACAGCGUGGAACGGUUCCACAGCGCCCCGGCCGGCGUCUUCCGGCUCCUGGCUCUGGACCUGAGCCAAAACAACAUGCUGUACUUCCCGGUGCUGCCGGAGAACAACGUGCUGGAACACCUGGACGUGUCGCACAACCGGCUGCAGAGCGUCAACGCCAGCGGCAGCCCGGACCGGGAACCCAGCCGGGUCUUCAACCGGCUGCGGGUUCUGGACCUGAGCUUCAACCGGCUGCGGGACCUGCCCCAGUGCUUCUUCUACUGCAUGGCGCUGCUCCGGGUCCUCAACGUCAGCCACAACUGCGUCCCGGCGUUCUCCGUGUCCGACCCGGACGUCCUGGCCCGGGUCCGGACCGUGGACCUGAGCUUCAACGCCCUGCGGAGUCUGGCGUUCGGGGAGGACGCCCUGCAGCGGCUGGAGGACCUCUUCCUGCAGGGCAACCAGCUCCGCACUGUGGACCAGAACCUGUUCCAGAGGCUGUCCGGUCUCAGGUACCUGCAGCUGGACCAGAACCGGCUGGAGGUCUGCGCCACCGAGCAGAACCGCAGAACCGGGCCGGAGCCGUCCGGCUGCGUGUCCCUGUCCUCGGUGAGGAACCUGCACUUCCUCUACCUGUCGGGGAACCACCUGAGGACUUUACCCGCCGACGCGUUCUCCCACACCCCCCUGCAGCUGCUGGACCUGUCCCAGAACCCGGGUCUGGACUUGCACGCGGACUCCCUGCGCGGCCUGGAGACCUCGCUGGUCCACCUCCUCCUGCGGGAGAACGACCUGUCCAGCCUGAGCACCGACCUGUCGGCGCUGCGGGGCCUCCGGCACGUCGACCUGUCCACCAACCGGCUGAGCCGCCUGCCGGCCUGGACCCGGGAGUCCGGCAUCGAGUCCCUGAACCUGCAGAACAACAGCCUGGUCACGCUGGAGCCCAGCACCAUGGCGGCGCUGGAGCGCUCCCUGAAGACGCUGUACGUCGGUUCCAACCCGCUGCGCUGCUGCGACAGCCUGGGCGUGGUGCGCCUGGUGCGGCGGGCCGCCGUGCGGGUUCCCGACAUCGAGGCCGUGACCUGCCGGCACCGGGACCGGCCGGACCCGCUCAGCCUGCGCCGGGUCACCGAGGACAUGUGCCGCGCGCCGCGCUUGCCCGGGUACCUGGCCGCCGCCCUGCUGGCGCUGCUGGCGGCGGCACUGGCGCUGGGGCUGCUGGUCAAAUGCUGCCGCGCCCGGAGGCACAAAGGCAGCCGGAGCUUCAGCGCAUGAGGAGAACCCACGCCGCAGAACCUGAAGGAACGCCGCAGAACCUGAAGGAACGCCUCAGAACGUGAAGGACAUGAAGGAUCUGACGUCUCCGCUGUGGAACCACGGACCGCUGAAGGACUUGACCACAUCAGCUAGCUAGUCGUUAGCAUGACGCUGCAGGUCGGCGGUUCAAACGCCUCCUGCGGCGGCCGAAGCGCGAUUUUGGAAUGUUUUGAAGUCACGUGACCUCGAGUAGCAGCUGGCGAGCUGGAAGCUUCAGAUCGUUGACAAAACGCGGCUGAAACACAGCAGCUCCCGUCAGCGCGGCGAUGCUAACGAGGCUGAAACGGAGCAGCUCCCGUCAGCGUGGCGAUGCUAACGAGGCUGAAACGGAGCAGCUCCCGUCAGCGCGGCGAUGCUAACGAGGCUGAAACGGAGCAGCUCCCGUCAGCGCGGCGAUGCUAACGAGGCUGAAACGGAGCAGCUCCCGUCAGCGCGGCGAUGCUAACGAGGCUGAAACGGAGCAGCUCCCGUCAGCGCGGCGAUGCUAACGAGGCUGAAACGUCACGCUUCAGCAGCUGUUUCCCUGCUGAAGCUGGAAUGUUCCCACCUCCCGGUUCCUCAGCGGUUCUGUGCAGAACUCCAGCUUUUUGAGGCUCGAUCGGUUUUGAGAAACAGAUUAAAAAGCGUCAGAGAAAAGUGCCGGUCGGACCGGUUCCGGUCAGACACGUCUUUGUUCCUGGCGCACGGCGGUGGUCGGCUUCGCCGCGCCGUCUGUUGAAUGUAAAAUGAAGAAUCCGACUGAAACACUACAGCAGAACCACACCCAGAACCUGGGAGGUUCUGUUCACGCCGCCUCGGACAGAUGUUCUGCCAGAACCACUCCAGCUGCUUCCUCUGUUCAGUCACUCAGUCCCAGCUCAAUGUGAGCCAGGUGUCAAAUAACGCCCGCCUCGUCAGACGGAGACGGCAGCAGAAAUCCGUCCCUUUCUAGAAAUGAUCUGCGGAAUGUUUGGGAUCUCGGUCCGUUUAAGAUACAGUCCGGUUCCGCUGAGACGGAGUCCGAAGCAGCAGAAGGUCUUCAGGUUUUUCAGCGAGUUUCCAGGAAACACGGAAACUUCGGCGGCUUCCUUAACGCUAAAAAUAAAGAGGGGGAAACACUACGACCGGCUGUGCAACACACACCUCUUUGUUCCUGAAGUCACACGCUUUUCUUUACCCAUGAUGCACUUUAAACAGCCGCCACUCUGACUGUCUCUAACACCACAACACUAAAGCCCGAACAGAGUCAGGAGUCCGAGCUCUCCAGCUCUCACUGUUUCAUCACACACUUGUGUCCUGUUUUGAUGUUUUGAUGUAAAAAUCUUGAAUCGGGACUGAAGGUCAAAUCGUUCCGCUGCGUCUUUCUAGGUUCCGUUUGGUCGAGUUUCAUUCAGCGGCGGCCCGGAUCCGGCUGCUGAUACCGGCUCCGGCCAGCAGGUGGAGCAGCAGCUCAUUUCGCCAGCCUGCAUUCAGCCUCACCGCGCCGCCUCGUACCGCGCCGCCGUGUACUGCACCACGCCGUGCUGCGCCGCGCUGCACCACGCCGCGCUGCACCACGCCGCGCUGCACCGCGCCGCGUGGCGUGGAAUUACAGUAAACGGCUUCCGGAACCUUUAAAGACAGGCUGACGCCGAAUUGUUGUGUUCCACCACCAGAAUGCAACGAUUCAGCAGCAUCGUGGUUCCAGUGGCGUAUCGUUACGUCAUUCCGCCGUAUCGUCACAUUCCAGCGCCGCGUCAUUACAUGGCGGCACGGUAUUCUGUCAUUACAUUCCGACGCCACAUCGUCACGUUCCGGCGCCGGAACAUGACCAUAUCAUCCUGUUCCUCAGUGUGAGCUGCAGCUUGAGAGCAGGUUCCUGUGGAUUUUACUCUGAAAGGGUUUCUCUUCCGGUCAUGUAAACAGUCUAUUGAAUGAAGGUUUUCUACUUCCUGUUCGUUUGUUUUCUAUUAAACACUGAAGAUUCUCACAAAACUC